AUGAGUUCAGCGAAAAUACCUACUCCAAGAUGUGUUUUUGUCCGUCAUGGCCAAACCGAGUGGUCCAAGUCAGGCCAACACACCUCGCGCACUGACAUCGACUUGACUCCUUUUGGAGUGAGACAGAUGGAGGCUACUGGCAAAUCUUUAAUUGGCGAUUCUCCAUAUAAUCUAAUCCAGCCUGAAAAUCUGACCCACAUCUUCAUUUCACCUCGUACUCGUGCCCAGCACACCACUGAGCUGUUGCUGAAGGAGGUGGACCCAACCAGGCUCCAGCACAUUCAGAAGAUCACCACUGAGCUGAUUAGAGAAUGGGAGUACGGUGAUUACGAGGGCAAACUUACCAAGGAGAUUCGGCAAUCUAGAAAAGAUCGUGGAGUCGAUCCUCCGGACCACGACUGGGAGAUCUGGGAGGAUGGCUGCGAAAACGGCGAAAGCUACCAACAGGUCACUGAAAGAGUGGAUGAGAUCAUCAGACAGAUCAAAGUUAUUCACAAAAAGGCGUUUGAAGAAAAGAAAGCCUCCGACAUCAUAGUCGUGGGCCAUGGACAUAUCUUGAGAUGCUUUGCGGCCAGAUGGGUGAAGAAACCUAUCAAUUGUAACCCACAGCUUCUUCUCGACGCUGGUGGAGUGGGUGUUUUGUCAUAUCAGCACCAAAAUGUCGAGGAACCAGCUUUGUUCCUUGCUGGGGCUUUUGUGGUUCCAGUUGAGGAGAAGGGAAAUUACAUUUGA